UCGUGAUUGGUUGUGUGAGCUGGAGGAGGCCGGAGUGGGUGGGGAGUUUUAAGACCUUCUGACGCUCCAGUCUGGUCUCUGACCAUAACGACGGGCUGUGUGUGUAGCAGCAGCAACAGCAGCAUCAGCAGCAGCAGCAUCAUUCGAGGAGGAGGAGGAGGAAAGCGGAGGAGAUUCCUAACAUCCCAAAGUUUGAGGCUGCGGACCAUCCGGACCCGCAGGAGUGUCGAGGAUCCAGGAGGAGAUUUUGAAGAAUCUUCCGGAGUUCUCUGGUUCUGACGAGGAACGUCUCCAUGCUGUGACCACCUUAUCGUCCCUCUGCAAUGUUGAGAUAACUGGAGGAGCGGCCGCACUGUCAGUGGACUGAAGACUGAAGUGAACACACUUCUUAUAUGACUGACACCUUAGACACUGUUUUUUUUUUAAGUCUCUAACUAUAAAUGAGUGGCAGCCAUUUUGAAAAGAUUAUAGGGGAAGAAAAAAAAGCCAGAGAAACUUAUUUCAGCUCCGUGACCCACUUAUCACAGCGAGCUUACUGGGCUGAAGGAAACCUUGUUAGCAUUUAGCAGGAAACGCUAGCGGAGGUAAUGUGGUGAUUUAUAUUGUGGCUCAUUGAUCCACUGACCUUCUGAUGUGAUUAAACACAGAGCGACAGCCACACGUGUGUGUGUGUGUUCGGGCAGAUAAACACCUGCUGUAAAUAACCCAUGGUUUUUCUUUUGGCCUUGGAAUCACUGACACAGUGAAGCACUGGUCUGUACAGAUCCACAGACACAGAAACCCAACGGGGCUUUAAAGGUCCGUCAGAUUCAACAGAGGAGCACUGACCCUGAGUGUGAGAUUAGCAGGUGUUAGCAUCAUAUCGUGUUUGUUCUGAUCAAGAAAAGAGCGCCUUAUAUUCACCGUAAACCACAUUUAAACAUCGAGGUUUGAUGUUCGUGGGAGGCGACGUUAAAGUCAUGGCUUCGUGAAAAUUAGUCCGUGUUUAGCCGAACAGCUGGGGUCACAUUCACGUUUUUGUCACGUUGUCAGACCACAUUAGGGUCAGACGUUUCAGGGUCAUGUUACUGUCACUGACCCAGAUCUGACAUAAUUAACCACCGGCCCCCCCUAGAGGAGAAGUUUCUCCCUGCUCUGAUCAGAACACACACUCGUUAACCUACCUGCUAAUUCUGCCGAUAGACGUCGCUAUUCAGCAGUUUGCGUUGUUAAACUUCCGAACUAUCUUGACCUUCUUCUCCAGUUCAGCUGCUCAGUCUGUGCUGACCCCCAUGACCACAUUCACCUCCUUUUCUGCCACUCCUCCCAACACCCCAACUAUCCAGUCAGUGUGUAAGCCCUGCCUCAGGGCCCAGUGGAGGAUGAACGAUGUGCCCACGAUUGACUACGAGUUGCUGCUGUCCCCAGCCAGCUCUUCGCUCUCAGGCGGUCCUGGUGGUGGCAGCAGCAUCGCCCCCCCGCUGACCCUGGUGGGGGUGGACACCGAGCAGCGUACUGCCUUGGCCUUCGUCGGCCUCCUCAUGCUUUUCCUGAUCUUCCUGCUGGUCAGGUGCUUCAGGAUCCUGCUGGACCCCUACAGCCGCAUGCCUGCAUCAUCCUGGACUGACCACAAGGAGGGGCUGGAGAGGGGUCAGUUUGAAUAUGCACUGGUGUAGGGUGAAAAAAAAACAAGUAUUUUAAGGCACACUGUUGGAUAAGACGUCCAAUCAGACCUAUGUGUUGUUGAAGCCAGUAGAUCUAGGACGACGCCGUCCAGGCCCAGACACUUCCUGCCUAGUGAAGCUUUGGAAACUCUGUUUAAAAUUUCAAACUUGAUGUGAGAUUCUUGACUUUUUAAAUGUAUGAGCACUUUUUGAAGACUGUUCUAAACCUGUGGUUUCAUAAAUGCAAGGUAUUGUGUCAGUUUUUUUUAAGUUUAUAAACAGGAAAUUUGCUCGAAAAAGCACAACAAAUCGAAAGAAAAGUUUUGUCAGAAACUGUUUGUAAAACUGGACUUUUGUUUGAUUUUUUUUUCUUCUUUAACAUCAGUUAACUCUGAAAGGUACACUUAAUCACUAAAGUCAUUUUCCUGAGGUUAUUGAUUGAUAAUCAAUAAUCAAAUAAAGCAACAGAAUUUGCUUCAAGAAGCUGUAUUUUGUAAACUGUCAAGAACUAUCUGCAUUCUGAUCUGUAGGGUUCGGGCCCUCGUCCAAUCAACGAUCUCCAGUUGACUGGAAUUAUACUGUGGAUGUUCUCCAACAGUCCAAUAACUGAGACUGUAAAUGUUUUUUUUUUUUUGUAUUGUUUUUUAAUAAACCCUUUUAUUCAGUUUCUUUUCCAAGGCUUCACUAGCGGGUGCCGACGGCUACUCCGACAAAUCUGGUUUAUAAAAGGCCACGCCCACCAAUGACAUCACUGGUGUUGUGACAGAGAACUUGACAUGAAGCUGCUGUACAGCUGCCUUAACUGAAGGUAACAUGGAAGUCCAACAACGUCACCAUUUGGAAAACAUCACUGUAAAGCUUGUAUUUUGUUUUUUCAAAUCAGACCCUGUUCUCAAGCCUCACGACGGAGGAGAGAGAGUUUACAUUUUGAGCAGAUACCCCUUUAAUGAACCUGCGUCAUUACAAAAGACUAAAUAUAGAACAAAGUACAUAAUCAAGUUCUUCAAAUUGCCCCUUCUCCUGUAGUUUCUCGUAGACACCGAUCGUGGAGCAGCACUGCAGUCCUAGGAGCUUUUUAAUGCCUACGCAGGUAGUUCAUCUCUCCGUGGAAUCCUGUUGUUGUUUGUUUUGUGUCUCUCUGUGUCUAUAAGCAAGAAGCCAUAUUGAAACUAUCUAAUCUCCUGUUGCUGCGAGUAGACUUUCUGUCAUUUGUGUGGUAAUGAAUCAAACGGCAACUUUUAGGCAGAAAAAAGUUUUAUUUUUCUAUUCCUGACUCAGGUACGGGAGUCUACUUUUUGCUAUCUUCUUCUCUGCGUUUCCUCCUAGACUGUAGGCUUUUGUGUGUUCUUCACGCAGUUGUAUGUGGAAACAGUACAAGGCCGGUUUUUGAUUUGAAUUGUUGGUUGAUUUUGAUACACUUGGACGGCGACAGACUCUGGACAGUCCUCGCUCGUGACGUCGCAAAUGAAAUGGAAUGUCUUUUCAUCGCGUUUCACAUUCGUCAUCCAUGAAGGUGGAAAGAAAAAAGGAAAAACUCAGGCACACAAGACUUAAAAAUAUAACCCACAAUUCUUUAUUGCCAUUUACGUCACUGGACAAAAGUGUACAAGAUGAUGAUAUGAAUCACUCUGAUCUUACAGUCUGCCAUUUGGUUGGACAAAUCUUUGGUUUUCUUUUCUUUGUCUGCACAAAAACGAUCAAAUUAAAAUGCUAUUCCACGACGGCUGACUGAUUUAUUCGUCUUCAUCGAGUGACCGUGCGACGGGAUGAUUGUCGUCGAUGCUCACGGUUCAGUUGGACUUUGGUGUGAACAUGAUGUGUCAGGCUGGUCCUGAUCGGACCCCCCCCCCACGUUGAGAAUCAUAAGGCAUGUGAUACAGUAGUGUUUCAAGUUUGUCACUGACGCUGUGAUACAGUAAGCACACGCAGCACACUGCCUUUUUUUUCUCCUUCUU